CUUGAUACAAUUUUUCGGCGGUGAAGACAUGCAAGGACCAACCAUAUUUACGGCCUACAAUGUAGUGCGCCUUUUGGGAAACAUUCUUGUUCUGCUGUUAGUGUGCUUUGGUGGUGCUCUUGCUGGGACAUCUACUUACGUUUUGGUGCUGUACGAAAAUAUUGCAGAAGUUUUUGGAAGAUACGUUUUCUACGGGUGCUUAUAUGCGGUGCUUGCCUGUGGGAUUUUCGCAAUUGUCCUUGGACUAUUCGCAUUCUAUGACUUCACGCAAGAAAAUCGAUUUACAACCAUAUUGACGGUUGUGAGCUCGAUAUGUUUGUUUACGAUCGUAUUGAUUUUGGGAAUCAUUCUAUUCAGCUAUCCAAGAACGAUGCAGGACCGGGUUUUGCAAGCUAUGACCUCCACUCUUCCUGAGUAUGGCCAGACAAACCAAAUGACAAAAGCGUGGGACAUGAUGCAAAGUUUUCUACGAUGUUGUGCGAUUUACAAUCUUGGUUGGCUAUA